AUGGACGUCACGCAGCUGGAUGUCUUUAGGUUCUGCCGCUUCCUACGUCAUGUCGGGAAGAUCAUGGUUGUGUUUGUGCUGGCGCUGGUGCUCGCCAUCUACUACUCGACCAUGAAGCACGGCAUAGUGCCAGGCAUGCAUUCUAGCAGCGCAGGAAUAGCGGCGGCAGCGACGCUGGGCGCUGCGCUGUACACGGGGCUGGUGGUGCUGGUGCUGUGGAGCUACCUGGCCUGCUUCCUCACCCAGCCUGGCCACGCCGCCGCCGCCGAGCUGGAGGCCUGGGAGCAGCUGGCAUACGAGCAGCAGCAGCGGCGGCAGCACCAGUGGGAGGGCGAGAUGGGGCGCGUCGCCGUCAACCGCCCGCGCUACUGCCGCAAGUGCAAGGCCUGGAAGCCGCCCCGCGCGCACCACGACAGCAUGACGGGGCGCUGUGUGCUGCGCAUGGACCACUACUGCAUCUGGGUGCUCAACUGCGUGGGCCUGCUCAACUACAAGUUCUUUGCCCUCUUCCUAUUCUACGCCUGCCUGGCGUGCACAGCCAGCGCUGCCCUGCUCAUCAAGCCCUGCAUGGAUGCCUUUGGCACGUCCAGCCCCACAGUUGGCGGCCUGAUCUUGACUUUCAUCACCUUUGUGUUCAGCGUGGCAUUCAGCCUGGCGCUCAUGGGGUUUGUGUUCAUGCACGGCCGCCUGUGCGCACGCAAUAUGACCACAAUAGAGGCGUACGAGAAGCGGCCAGUCAACCCGUGGCCCUACGACCAUGGCACGCUACAAAACUUCCAGGAAGUGUUUGGGCGCGACCGCCGCUACUGGCUGCUGCCGAUGCACACGCCGAACUAUGCGCGCAGCAUGCUGGACGAUGCGCUUCGAGUGCCGCCACCCCCCGAAGAGCUGCUGGGGAUCCGCGAUACCGUCUAG